GUCAUCUCAGGCCACGGGCAGAUUUUUGAGUGAAGCUCUCAUUGGGGGGUGUGGUCGAGCCAUGACUUGAAGCCGACAAUUGGACACGAGCCAAAACUCUCACCGGAUGCGCCCAAGACUCGCACACACAGAGCACAUAAAUGGCGCAGGAUCCAACAGAUAACGCUGCCGCUGCGGCAGCUGCAGCAGCGCCUAAAAGGGAUGGACAGAAACUGUACCUCUGGUCCCGGUCCAACCAGGGACACGUCGGAGAGGGAGCGCCGGGUUCGGAUACCACGACUGCCGCAGCGGCGGCGGCCGGGGCACCGCCGGCGAUUUCGGAGCAGCAUCAGAAGAAGCUGAACCCGACUGAGUUCCAGAGCAACUUCCCGCCCCAAGAACGCAACGCCCAGACGGGUUAUCCGUCCAUCAGCGAGGCCAUCAAGACGAUCCAGUGGUCCGACUUCCUCGACGUCUUCCGGACGCCGUGCGCCCGCGAUGGUCUCACCGCCGGCAUCGUUGUCGGUGCGGCCGUCGGAGGCUUGAGAAUGGUUAUGAGGGGUUCACCCAGCAAAGCGGCAAACUGGGCUGUGUACAGUUUUGUGGCGGGCAGUGCUGGGCAAUACGAGUACUGCCAGUAUCUGCGGCGGCAGGAGCGCAUCAAGAUGAAGAGGACGGUCGAGGUCUACCAGGAGACCAUGGCGGAGAAGAGGCGCCGGGAGCUGGAGCAGCUGAAGCAGCAACAGCAGGCCGAGGAGGCGGCCAAGGCGAGCCAGAAAGCUUGGUACAAGUUCUGGUAAACACGUCGCUGCCUGUUUCCGAAAUAUCUGUUAGAGCAGGCUGUUGAGGAUGCCUGCCUGCAUCCAUCCCUGUGUAUGAAUAUUUUGUCCCGUUUCACAAAAGCAUCAGUAGCUUUAAACGUCACGGUUCUGUGUAUUAGGGAGGGACCUGUAUCAUCUUUAUCCAUUCCAGUCUGGGGUAUAAAAGAAAGA